UUGUGAAUAGAUACAACUGGCACACUGUUCUCUAAACCCUCAGCUCUCUUAUGAUGAGAGAAAUCCCAAUCAUCUCCAAAAGUUAUUUUUAUUUCAGCUUUACAGUGAAUGAGAGUAAACCCAGCCAUUAUUAAGCUCUUUUCACUAUGUCUUCCUUCUUCAUUCCAUUCAUUAAUUGAUCUCAUCUAACUUAAUCGAUUUUUUUUUAAUUCAGUUUCUUCUUAGAUCUGCUUCUUAUUUCAUCACUGCAUUAAAAAUGAAAAAUUCUGAAAAACUCAUUUGGGAACAAAUGAAGAGUCCUAAAUCUGCCACCCCAAUCUCCAAUGGAGGUGUAUUAGUAACUGCAUCUGCACAUUCCAGAACCUCCCAUAAACUUCUCGUCUUACUCAUCCUCUUCGUUUCCAUUACCUACGUUCUCUACUCGCUUAAGCUCGUCUCAACUUCACGCGCUUGCCAAGAAAAUACACCAUUCUCCACCGACAAUAAACUCUCUGGUUCCAUCAAUGCCACCGCAAUAACAACCACCAACCGCCUCGCCACCACCGUUGACGGCGGCGACAAGACGCAGCUCCGCCAUGUAGUUUUCGGAAUCGCGGCGUCGGCGAAGCUAUGGGAGCAGAGGAAGAACUACAUUAAGCUUUGGUACAGAUCAAACGACAUGCGUGGUGUUGUGUGGCUAGAUGAUAAAGUGAAAACGGAGAAAAACGAGAGUCUCCUCCCGCCGGUGAGAAUCUCCGGCGACACUUCGAAAUUCGCUUACAAGAACAAGCAAGGACACCGGUCCGCGAUCAGAAUCUCGCGAAUCGUAUCCGAGACGCUGCGACUCGGAAUGAAGGACGUGCGGUGGUUUGUUAUGGGAGAUGAUGAUACCGUUUUUGUGACGGAGAAUUUAAUUAGGGUUUUGAGAAAGUACGAUCAUAAUCAGUUUUAUUACAUUGGGAGUUUAUCGGAGAGUCAUUUGCAGAAUAUUUUCUUUUCUUACAAUAUGGCUUAUGGUGGCGGUGGAUUUGCGAUAAGCUAUCCUUUGGCGGAAGCGCUGAGCAAAAUGCAAGAUCGGUGCAUUCAGAGGUAUCCUGGAUUGUACGGUUCCGAUGAUAGAAUGCAAGCUUGUAUGGCGGAACUCGGUGUUCCACUCACUAAAGAAACCGGGUUUCACCAGUAUGAUGUGUAUGGGAACCUGCUCGGUCUUCUUGGAUCUCAUCCCGUGACUCCAUUAGUGUCACUGCACCACCUUGACGUGGUUGAACCAAUCUUCCCACAUGUGACUCGUGUUGAAGCGCUCCAGCGGUUAACUAUACCAAUGAAGCUUGACUCAGCGGGGCUCAUGCAACAAUCCAUCUGCUACGACCAAUCAAAGAGCUGGACUGUUUCUGUUUCAUGGGGUUUUGCUGUUCAGAUAAUUCGCGGAGUGUUUUCACCCCGAGAGAUGGAAAUGCCUGCAAGAACAUUCUUGAAUUGGUACAAAAGAGCAGAUUACACUGCAUAUGCAUUCAACACGCGACCUGUUAGUCGUCAUCCAUGUCAGAAGCCUUUUGUAUUUUACUUCUCAAAGGCAAACAACAAUGAUACAAUGCAACAGACACUGACUGAAUACGAAAAGCAUCGCGUCCCUAACCCAGAAUGUCGGUGGAAGAUGGCCAGCCCUUCUUCUAUUGAGCGAGUAGAGGUACAUAAGAAGACAGAUCCGCAUCUAUGGGAUAGAUCUCCAAGGAGAAACUGUUGCAGAAUUAUGAAGUCAAAGAAGAAAGGAACCAUGGUGAUAGAUGUGGGUGUGUGUAGGGAAAAUGAGGUAAGUGAAGCAUAGUUUUGACAUGUUACUGAUAAAUUAAAUAUAUUAGGGAGGUGGAUUAGUCUUAUGCAUAAUCUUUUGUUGGAGAUCCAUACAACAAAUUUAUUUAUUUACUUUAGUGGUUCAUUCCUUCGAAGUGAAAUUUUAUAAUUCUUGCCUGCGGUUGGUUGAGUUGGGGAAAAGUUCAUGUACAAAGAAAUUUGUAGUUUAAACAGUUUAGAUGGGACAAUGGUAGGAGAUCUUUGUAGCCAUGCUUAUUAAUAUCAUAUUCAUGUGCCAAUGUGCUAUUUUCACCUA